UAUUAUUAAUUCCUAAUGUGAGAUUUUUUUUUUAUAAUCCAGGGAUUUUAUCAGAUUAAUUCUCCAGGUAGACGAUGUUCUUGGUUUACCUACUGAGUAAAUUCGAUCUACAUUCAGAAGUUGACCGGUUGAGCAAGUCUCGACGGCGAGGAAGUGAAGGCUCGCUCCAUGGCACCCUCCGGCGACCAGAAAAGGAGGAGCUCCAUCGCGAAGAUCCUCUUUACCUUCGGUUUUGGCGGAGGUGCCGGUUCUUCCUCCUCCUCCUCCUCUGCCCCCGCCGGCGCUAACCACAAGUUCAUGGCCUCCGACGUCGGACUCGGCAUCAUCGCCUCCAUGAUCGACGACUCCUGGAACCGGACGGGUCCCCUGCCCGUGGCCGGGGAGAAGCGGCGCCUGCCGACGGCGGGGGAGAUCGUGGACGAGCAAUCGGAGACGUACACGUGCGUGAUCGCGUACCGGGAAGGCCAACCCGUGAGGAAGCGGGUCUACUACGGGGACGCCGCCGAAGUCCGCGACAAGCUCGUGCCCUUCGAGCUGUCGCCGGCUCCGCCGCCGCCGCAGUUGCAGAGGACUCCGCCGCAUUCCGCCGACUUCCUCAGCCAAUGCUUCCGGUGCAAGGGCGAACUCCACGGCAAGGACAUCUACAUGUACAGAGCGGAAGCUUUCUGUAGCGAGGGGUGUCGAGGUAAAGCCAUAGUGCUCGAUGAGCUCGAAAGGAGUUUUAGGAGAGGAGGUAAAACGGCGAAGAAGAUCGAUCCUCCUCCUCUUCGUUCAUGAGGGCACUGCGAUUUUUACAGAGAAGUGUUCGUGCGGUUCCUCCCAAAAGAAGCCCUUUUUUUGAGAAUUUCCUUUUUGUCAAGGUUCCGCUUUUUUUUGACCCGUCGGGACAAAACGUUGUUCACAGCGCAAUUUGAUCAUACAUUUUUAAUAUAAUUUAAUAAUGUUUUAUAAUAAAGUAAUAUUUUCUAUCAAUUUCUCUCUCUCUCUCUCUCUCUCUUUUUUUAAAUUUAUUUUCUCAUUUAAUCGUAAGUUUUUAUACCCUUUCGGAAUAUUGAAAUUCAUUUUCUUAUAUCUUUUCCCCCCGAUCUGUUUUAAUCCGCGUCGCUCCUUCUCGAUGGCUCGAUUCCUGUCCGCCGGAGCCCUAGCGGGAGCUCUGGCGUCGUCCUCCGGCCUUGUUGUUAACCGAUCUUGUGUCUCGGUCGUCCUCGGCCUCCGCCGCUUCUCCAGUCGUCCUGAGAAGGUGCAGCUGUUCGAACUGGAGAUCGACGGGGAGGGCUCCGCGUCGGAGGUGGAGGUUCUGGGUAUGCGCCGCCUCGAGGAUGCCAUCCGUGCCGUUAUAGUCCGUAGAUCUGCUCCCGAUUGGCUGCCCUUCGUCCCUGGCUCCUCUUACUGGGUGCCGCCCCGCAGUAAUCCGAUCGCCGAUGAGAAGAUGAUGCCCUCCAUCGCUGCUCGUGGCUCGCCAUCCGCCGCCUACUUUUAUGAAGGUACGCCUCUACAUUCAAGAAAGAAGACCCAGGAGAGGACCAAUGCCCAGUCGGAGGAUGACGAAGAAAGCUAACUAUUACCUAACAUUAUUCAUUUGCGGUGAGAGCUUUAGUUGUUGUUAUACAUCAUAAAACCAGAGAACCAAGUUAAACUUAUUCCAUUUCCAAGUAUUUGACUGCAAUAUACUGAUGGAAUACCAAUUUGCUCACUACCUAAGCUAUAUAAAUGUCAAACCGCGUGUUCUUAAGAUUCCAUAUCUAAAUUAUUGGUUUCUUGUUCGGAAGGCUCUUUCCAUAGAAUAGUAGUGUCUAUUCAAAGCACUCCAUUUCCAUUGUUGUAAGAACGAAGCUCUUUCCCUUACUGUUGUUGUAAAAACGAUUGUUUUUUUUAGAAAAUGUGAGAUGUAGUCAGUUCUGCCCUUA